AUGAGCUCUUCUGCGGAUUUUCCUGCCACGGACGCCACCUUGCGCCAGCGUGUCACGGCCUCAUCUGAAGUUGCGCCGCCUUCUUCUGACCACAAGGUUGCCGCUACUGAGGACCUCAAAAUCACAGGACCCAUUGAUAAAGAUGCCCAGGCUGCCCAGCAUGGUGACACUGCAAAGUCGAGCAAGACCUAUGGUCGCACACCAGAUGGCACAGUCUUCAUUGUCCCAACGACCCAUGACAUGGUCUCCCAGCUCUUCGACCCUCGAGAACCAAAGAACCUGUCUGAUGCCAUUGUGCUUGCCAUCCUCGUCCUACAUGCCUUGGUAGCCUAUCUGCUGCCAGCUGACCUGCGGAAGCCUGUUGUCGCCGCCGUCUUCAUCUUUUGGAGGGCUUCUUACAAUGUGGGCAUCGGCGUUCUCCUCCAGCAGCAGUCCUAUAGCAGGCUGAUGGUGGCAUGGGCGAGGCGCUGGAAGCUUUUCGUGAACCCCUCGACCGGCGAGAACCCGCGCCCGGCCCUGUACCGCUUUCUCAAGCACGAGCUCGAAGCCAAGAUCCCCGAGGACUACAAGUUCGACGAGGCGCCGCUCGAGUACAACACCUGGCUGGUCUUCCGCAGGCUGGUUGACCUGAUCCUCAUGUGCGACUUUGUGUCCUACUGCCUCUUCGCUGUCGCCUGUGCCCACGUCCCCGACGGGGAGACCCCGCUGCUGUUCCUAUGCCGCUGGUCUGUCGGCAUCGCGCUCUUCCUCUUCAACCUCUGGGUCAAGCUGGAUGCCCACCGCGUCGUCAAGGACUACGCCUGGUACUGGGGUGACUUCUUCUACCUGAUCGACCAGGAGCUGACCUUUGAUGGCGUCUUCGAGUGCGCACCCCACCCCAUGUACUCCAUCGGCUACGCCGGCUACUAUGGCAUCAGCGCCAUGGCUGCCAGCUACGAGGUCCUCUUCAUCUCCAUUGCUGCCCACGUGGCCCAGCUCGUCUUCCUGGUGGUCGUGGAGAACCCCCAUAUUGACAAGACGUAUAAUCCACCCCCGCCGAGGAAGUCUCGCUCCGGGUCAGACCGUGAAGAACCCUUCCAGCCUGUGGAUGAUGUGUCGAGAGAGGCAUUGGCACCCGUGCACAAUAUCCUGGGCCUCAGAAACAUUGACCUGUUCCGCUCAACCGACUACUCUGUAAUUGUGGCCUCAAUUUACGUGGCUGUCCUAGCCCUGGUCACACCGUCCACUCCGACCUACCAGUUCCUCUUCUUCGUGCAUGCCCUCCUGUGGCGUCUGUGGUACUGCGUAGGUAUCGGCAUCCUCCUGACCCUGCAGUCCAAGGAGAAAAUGAUCACUAGGCAUUUUGUCAAGUAUGGCGACAACGCCUUGGAGGCAUGGCGCCAGUGGAAGGGACUGUAUCAUUUCAGCAUGACUUUGAGUGUUGCGUCGUUCUGCGCUGUGUGCUGGAAGAUGUAUAGCCUCCCAGAAGACUGGGCUCACGGUUGGGUCAUGUUGCGGCACGUCAUCGGCAUCAGCCUGAUUGCCCUCCAGAUCUGGACCUUUGUGAGCGUCUACGAAUCACUUGGCGAAUUCGGGUGGUUCUAUGGAGACUUCUUCUUCGACCACAAGGCCAAGCUGACGUACAAGUCCAUCUAUCGAUUCCUGAACAACCCAGAGCGCAUCAUCGGCCUGGCUGGACUGUGGGGCGCCGCGCUCAUAUGUUGGAGCAGAUCAAUCGCCCUCUUUGCCCUCCUGAGCCAGAUCCUCACCAUGUGCUUUAUCGAGUACGUCGAGCGGCCGCACAUGCACAAGGUGUACGGGUCCAGCAACAUCCGGGAAGAGGCCGGCCUGACCAAGUUCAUCAAGAAGUCUCUCCCGCCCCCCGUCAAGACAUGGUCGUCCAACGUGGACAAGGUCCUGGACGAGACCCGUAACUUUGUGGACGAUGUGAUCGAGACGGCCGGCCCCGUGCUGGCCACUGGCGUAUCAAGCAUCGUCCGCGACACCACGGCACUGUUCAACAAGUAUCCGGCCAGGCUGACCAUCACGAGGCUGUCCCCCCAGCUGGCCGGUUUCAACCCCAAGGACUACUCCCUGGGCAUCGAGGGCACCUCAGCGACCUCCCCACUCAGUGAAAGAGCCACUGGGAAGGAGAGUCUGAAUGCACGAGUGCCCAAGGACGUCAAGACGUGGGUCUUUGAGUACGGUGCCCCAAUCAAGGUGAAGUGGAACGCACCUGCGAACCAUGGCAAACAGGACUGGGUGGGCCUCUACAUGGUCACCGACAACCGCUCUCGAGAGGUCACCGAGGUCUCGUCGCUAGGCCGCUGGAUCCCUGUGUCGCCAGGGUUCUAUGGCUCGAGUGACGGCAUGGUGACCUCUGACGAGCCGGUGCCCAACUCCAAUCUCGUCCGCGGGGAGAUGGUCUUCGAAGGGGACAAGCUCUGGUGGACCCAGGGCACUUUUGAGUUCCGCUAUCAUCACGACGGCACACACCAUGUCAUGUCCAUCAGCGAACCUUUCGAGGUGCGCAUCACCCGCUUUGAUAACGAGGAGGAGGAGCAGGCCCUUGAGGCACAGACCCAGGGCACGUACGAGCAGGCCAUCGCCGAGGCCCUGUUGCCUGUGGUGCGCAACUGCCUUGACCGCGACCCUGACAUUGCGCCCAACACGGUGGACGAGCAGUUUGGCAGCCACGUGGAGCGAGACUCCAAGUACGCUAAGCGCGUGGUGUAUGCGAUCCGCAACAUGUUUGGCAUCGAGUUCGCGCCGGCCGUUGUCCCAGCCGACGGAAACGUGCGGCGGCUGGCCUGGCGGGUCUGCAACGCCAAACAGGUUCUCGCUCCCUACUCCAUGUCCCACUCGAAGGGUCCUUCGACCCCUAUCACGGACAGAUUCCCGGAUGACCUCAAGGAGUGA